UCUGUCCCUUUUGGAAGUCGCAGUGAAAGUGUGAAGUGAGAUAGCAGACACAACAGAGCAAAAAUGUCUGCGGCCGUCUGCGGCAGCAAGAGAUCAUUCAUGGACGACAUCGAAACGACGCCGCCUCAGGCUUCCAAGAAGCUUCGCUGUUCUUCCAACUCUCCUCCCAGAUGCUCACCACCCUCUGCUCCCCUUCGUCAACUCGCUGCUACCUUUCCUCUCCUCGACUUCCAGGUUCUUGAAAGAGCACUGGCAGAAUGUGACAAUGACCUAGAUUCUGCCAUGAAGGGCCUGCAUGAGCAUCAUUCAAGAUAUAUGGAGAAAAGAAUAGGUUCAGUUGAAGGGACCUUUGCUGCAAACAUGGAUAAAGGUAGCAUAACUGCUGAUGGAACUGCUUUUUCAAACAACCUUCCUGUGGAUGGUGGAGAAUGGGUGGAAUUAUUUGUAAGGGAAAUAAUGAAUGCUGCAAAUGUAGAUGAUGCCAGAGCCCGUGCAACAAGAGCACUGAAUGGUUUGGAGAAAUCCAUCAGUGCAAGAUCUGAUGCUGAGGUAGCACAGACAUUUUACAAGGAAAAUAUAAUGCUAAAGGAACAACUUGAAGUACUAAUGCGGGAAAAUACUAUUCUCAAACGUGGUGUGGCUAUCCAGCAUGAACGCCAGAGAGAGUAUGAUGAUAGGAACAGAGAAUUGCAGAUGUUGAAGCAUUUGGUCCCUCAAUAUCAGGAGCAGCUGAGAACCCUAGAGGUGAAGAACUAUACCUUGUCAAUGCAUCUGAGGCAUAUGCAGCAAAGCAGCUCUGUCACCGGUCGCUUCAAUCCUGAUAUCUUUUGAGAAAGAGAUGGAAGGUAGUACAUGAUAGAAAACUCAACUCAAAUUUCUGGGCUCAUUCAUGGUGUUUGCUCAGGGACCUGUUUGUUGUCUUUUUCAUGGCCCAUUUGGUCAUGUUGUCUGGCUGUCGUUGUAAGCAAAAUAUGGAGUUAGUUUCAGCUCUGCUAAUAGAAGAUUUUGAAGUGAUUUUAAAUUUUAAUGGCAUUCUCAUUUUGUGAGAAGAUUUUGCACUAAUUUCAAUUUCUUACUAUAUAUAUCAUAUAAGAUCUUUGAGGGC